GUGUGCUCUGGGGUCGUGCUCAGCUGGCUGCGAGACUGUGUGUUGGUUUAGUUGGUGAGAUUAGUUGGUGAGACCCCAUCCCGUCUCUCCUCUUGCUUUAUGUGAAGACAGGUGGAAUCCGUUACCUACAGAAGACAUUUCUGGACCGACCCUGCUACAGUGAGUGGUCUGCACCUUUGGAAUCAUGGGAGUGAUCCAUGGAAAGAAAGCAGACCACAACCAUCAGAAUCAGAAUUCCAGCUGUGCUCAACCACUUAUGGGACCUGGUGAAUCAGAUCCAGUGUCUGAUUUUAAAUUUGUGAUGGACUCUGAUCAGAGGUGGGGUGCAGAAGAGGAUUUUGACCGCAGGCAUCUGCUUCCCAAACAAACGCACAGCGGUUACUAUGAUGAGCUCAUCAGGCCCAAAAAGAUCCCCAAUCCCAUCAAAGCAUCCAAAAGCCUCCGGGAACUCCACAGAGAGCUGAUCAUUACACAGAAGAGAGGAGUGAUGGAGGAGAAGCCCGAGUUACAGAAGGUUCUUGAACAAAGGAACAGAAUUCAGGCUCUGAAGCAGCAGAAAAAACAGGAUGUGGAAAAGUCUCCCUUGAAGCAGGAGUUAUUAAAGAGGCAAAUGAGAUUGGAGAAGCUUGAGAGAGAGACAGGAAAGCAGAAUGAGAUGUUACAGGGUGCACCUGAGUUCAUCAGAGUUAAAGAGAAUCUGAAGAGCACAGCCGUCACAAGCACGCCGGAGAAAGAGUGUCAACUGAACAUCAGUUUACAUUAACGUUAAUGUCGGAUGCCUGUGAACAUCUGGGAACAGUACAGUGUAUUCGACCAGGACACUUGUUUGAAUUAAGAUUAUGAUAACAAAUGAUGAUGCAUUUUUCUGCAUGCUUGGGUCAAGCGUAAUAUGCUUUUAAAGUCAGUAUUACAAAAUUGUUUUAAACACUAUUUUGAUUAAGACAGUAAGUUGCACCAUUACGAAAGCGUUAUAUUUUUGACUUUGCAUACAACAGUAUUUCACAUUCUAUUUAAAAUGAAGAGUGGGUAUAUAUACACAAUAAACACUACACAGUACUCUUGUUUUAUAUUUCAAACAAAUAGAAUUCUCACUUUGAUCAGCUGUUUAAAAAUAUUUCAAGUGAACAUCUUUUCGAAUCAUAUGAUGACACGACUCACAUAUUUUAACCUCACAGAUGUGCUGGAGUAAAGACACAUAAUACGCUUGUAAAUGUGUUUUAUAAAUGUAGUCUUUAAAUAAAGGGAUUUUG